AUGCCCCUUCCCGCACCCAGCUCUGCGCGGCAGUCGGAUGAGAGCUACGAUGCUGUUGCCAGCCCCAAUGACCGCACCACUACCACCACCACGGCGGCGACGAACAACCACAGCAACAACAAGAAUAGAGGCCAGCAGCAGGAGGACUCCGGCGGCGGCGGUGCAGACUCCUCGGGCCUGUCCAACUGCUCGGUAGCUGCCCCGUCGCUGCUGCAGCCGCGCAUGGCCGUCGUGCUCGGCGUCCCCGAGAAGUGGCAUGCGUUGCUGUUCGCGUGCCGCCUGCUCUCCAUCGUCCCGGCCGUCUGGUGGGGGCUGCCGAGUGCGCUGCGGUUCCUCGUGCAGGUGUACCACCUGGUGCUUGCCGAUGUCCCCCGGGAGCUGAAGUGGUCGUUUGAUAACCGGCUUCGCCUGACGGAGAACUUCCUGGCGAUACUAUGGUGUGGUUGCUCGGCAUAUCUUUCGUUCUUCUUCACAGACUGCCUGAUGUCUAGAUGGCUCCUCAACUACACGCCCCAAGCAACCAUCAUCCGCCUCCUCGCCAUCAACGCCCUGAACGGCUAUCUCACCUCCUGGUCGCUCUACCUCAGCGGCUGCUCCGAGAACCCCAUGCUGCUCCUGCCCGCGUGGAUCAGCAUAGCAACAAGCCUGACCGUGCUCUACCACAUCACCCAGCGCAAGAUCAACAUCCGCAAGGAGACGUCCACCUCGAUCAGCAUCUUCUCCAUCGCCAGCUUCAUCAGCACCGUCCUGCUGCUGCUCCAGCUGCACUCGAACCGCCCGGACUUUGUCAACAUCCCCUUCAUCGCCAUUGCCAAGCGGGUCUGGGAGGAGGUCGGCAAGCUAACGGACAUCAUUCUGGACUAUGCCAACGUGACCAAGGAGUUGUGA